UUGUGCAUUACGAGAGAGUAAAACUUCUACUUUACUUCCAGCUUGAAGUUUGAGAAGCAUAAGAAUGGCCCUUCAGUGGUUCCUUCAGGCGAUUGGCACCAAGAUGGUCAAUUGCCCAAAAAGCGGUGAAGUUGAAAAAUGGUUUCCAUCAAAGUUAUCGAAGGAUAUGAGGAUUGUGAAUCUUAGAGAGGCUGAAGGUACAAGUCAUAGUAACCACAAUGAGAUUUAUUGUUCAAGUGGUAGGGUGAAUGGAGGUGGUACGUGGUGCGCUGGGUUUCAGAUGCCACUGCAUUACCCUCGAUACAGGAAGGAGGAUUAUCAAAGGAUGGAGGAGAGGAAAGUGGAUAUAUUGCUCAGAGAGUAUGGACUGGCAUGUGUUGGCUCUCUUGAGGAGAAGAGGGCUUAUGCUAUGGGGGCAUUUUUGUGGCCUGAACAAAUUUAGGGGGAAUGGAAUUUCCCAUUUAGCCUUUAGCUUUGUUUGUAGUUACGCAUGCAUUCAGGGUUAGUUUCUAAUUAAUAGUUAGCAGCGGGUGUAUCAAUCUUGGAUCUCAUCCAUGUCAUCUAUACUCAAUUUACUAGUUAUCUAAUGAUUGAAGUUUUUCAAAAA